UUUACUCGUCUGUCAAUGUCAUCACGUCUUGUCAUUACUGUCAUUAUCACAUGGUAGCAAUUUGUUUGUCAUUUUGUGCAAGUGUAAAUAAAAAUCUGUGUUUUCUUCUCCUGUUGUUAUUUUGUUAGGUACUAUAAGUGCACAAAAUGAAUGCCUGUAUCCAAUGCAAUGAAGCUUCUUCGUAUAAAUGUCCAAUUUGCAGAAAGCCAUAUUGUUCAGUAGCAUGCUGCAAGCUUCACCGAGCGACCCCGUGCACGGCACCCGAAAUACCAAAGGUGGAACCGCCUAAGGAACCCAUGACCUUCGAUUUCCCAACUGAAGACACUGUACCAAUAGAGAAAUUGGAACUACUUAAACAAUCAUCAGAAGUGAAAGCAUGUUUAGACAAUCCACAUGUCAGAACAAUACUGGAGCUCCUUGAUAAGUCGCCACAUCCAGAUCAACUAAUACAAGAGUACAUGCAAGAACCAAUAUUUACCGAAAUUGUCGAUGCUUGCCUAAAAGUUGUACAGCCUCCAGAAAAUGAUGAAUAAUAAAAUGAUUGUUUCUA